CACAGCUCCGAGCCUGAAUCCUUCCGCGGUAAUAUCCACCCUGUGGUGUGAACGAUAUUUGUGGCUCUACCAUCGGUCCAGUGACCAACAUCGAAAAAGCUUUUCACUUUCACGCGCCGUUUAGCGUCAACACCGUGACCGCGCGCGUGCGCGGUAAAUAAAAAAAUAAUAAAGAGAGAGAGAGAGAGAGAGAGCGCUGUAGGUGGGUGUGUGAUUGAUAAGCUGUACAGUCUAUGCCCGAUCAUAUAGCACUCCCUCGGCCGCUCGUAAGUGUUGCUCUCCUCCAUUGGUUUCUGAUUGCGGAAUAGCUGGUCACUGAGGGUCAUCAUGCAAAAACGGAGGAAGCCAGAACCGAUCCAGCUCAACCCGAUUCCGGAUGGGAAUGCCGUUAACGGAACCGGUGCCACAGAAACAAACCUAGAGGCCCUGCAAAAGAAGCUGGAGGAGCUGGAGCUGGAUGAGCAGCAGAGGAAACGUCUGGAGGCCUUUCUCACGCAGAAGCAGAAGGUAGGAGAGCUGAAGGAUGACGAUUUUGAGAAGAUUUGCGAGUUGGGAGCAGGCAAUGGUGGCGUGGUCUUUAAGGUCUCACACAGACCAUCUGGACUCAUCAUGGCCAGGAAGCUGAUCCACCUGGAGAUCAAGCCAGCUAUCAGGAACCAGAUCAUCCGAGAGCUGCAGGUGCUGCAUGAGUGUAAUUCUCCCUACAUUGUGGGAUUUUACGGGGCCUUCUACAGUGACGGAGAGAUUAGCAUCUGUAUGGAGCACAUGGAUGGUGGCUCCCUGGACCAAUCAUUGAAGAAAGCAGGCAAGAUUCCAGAGCAAAUACUGGGCAAAGUUAGCAUUGCGGUGAUAAAAGGGCUGUCUUAUCUGAGAGAGAAGCACAAGAUCAUGCACAGAGAUGUGAAGCCUUCCAACAUCCUGGUGAACUCACGUGGAGAGAUCAAGCUGUGUGACUUUGGUGUUAGCGGGCAGCUUAUCGACUCCAUGGCCAACUCAUUUGUGGGCACAAGGUCCUACAUGUCUCCGGAGCGUUUGCAGGGUACACACUACUCUGUGCAGUCUGAUAUCUGGAGCAUGGGGCUUUCAUUGGUGGAGAUGGCCAUUGGUCGCUUCCCCAUCCCACCACCUGAUGCUAAGGAGUUGGAACAAAUUUUUGGCCUCCCCAUGGAGGGUGACCCCUCAUACAGUGAAGCCUCCCCCAAACCCAGGCCCCCUGGACGGCCCGCAAGCUCCUACGGACCUGACAGCAGACCUCCAAUGGCCAUCUUUGAGCUGCUUGACUACAUCGUCAAUGAGCCACCGCCCAAACUGCCAAGCAUCUUUGGCACGGAAUUUCAAGAUUUCGUUAACAAAUGUUUAAUAAAAAACCCAGCAGAGAGGGCAGAUCUGAAGCAACUGAUGGUCCAUCCCUUCAUUAAGACAUCAGAAGCAGAAGAAGUGGACUUUGCUGGGUGGCUCUGCAGCACCAUAGGCUUAAAUCAGCCAGGGACCCCAACUCACAAUGUGGGGAUAUAAAAGGGAAUUACUUAUCUAAUCUCUCUCUCUCUCUCUCUCUCUCACUCACUCUCUCUCUCUCUCUCUCUCUCUCUCUCACACACACACAUACCCAGACCAGUGUUUUUAUUUGGGCUCCAAUUCAACAGCAUUCUGUUCAAUAGUCAGUUACUGCCUCUUGUAACUCUUUAUUUUUAUGUUAUAAGUAUUGAACUGAUGUGAAUGAAUCAUAUCAAGACCCACAAUAUGUAUUAGAUGGCAAGGUUUACUUGAAAACAUAAACAAAAGAAAAAGAAAAAAAAACCCACUGAAAGUGGCCUUGAACCUCAGAUGCUCAGAAUGUUCCCCCCAGAGUAUUGCCAUUACAAAUGACCCUGUUGAAUUGCAGGCUAGGUCAUAUCAGAGAAUAUUUAAAAGUAUAAACAAAACUGCCCUUUUAUAUAAAUGUUUAUUGCUCGAGGGCACUAUAAUUCUCCAUUUGAAUGAAAAAUAUGCAUAUUUUUAUAAAGUACAAAUCUAUUCCAUCACAGCCAAAGCACUGUCCCAGGGUAUAAGAAUUACUAAAGCUUUUUCAAUAAUUUUAAAUGAAUUGUUAUGUGCAACACCAAGACCUCUUUUACACAUUAAGCUAAGAUGAACACUUUUAGUUAGCUUUUAGUUUUUAAUUGAUUUUCAUUAGUGCAAUUAAACUUAUUGUCAAAGUAGUGGCAAAAUAAUCAUUUCUUAAUAUGGGUCAGUAUAAAUUUGGAAUGUCAAACAAUUGUUUAUUAUUAUUAUCAUUAUUAUUAUUAUUAAUGUUGUUUCUGCAGUUUCACUUUUGCCGCAUCAGAUGGGAAAAUAUAAUACUACUUGAUAAAAUAGGUAGUUGUGGCCAAAUUUACUGGCAGCCAACAUUUUAAAAACCACAGUCUAAAAUAAACUAACUAUGUACUGUUCAGACAAGCCUUAAAAGCCUUACUAAAAAAAAACAAUGCACGUUUUUGUGGUCAGUUACACUCAUAACCCUGUGCUUAACCUUGAAGACAUCUAGCAUCAAAAAACAAUCUUUAACUGAUUAACUCUUCUUGAAAAUGGUAUAAUAAUGUAAUUUAAUAUAUAGAAUGGUACUUCGGCCAAAUAUGGGAAACCACAGGGAUAUAAAACUUGUUCAAGGCACAUAAGUGAGCCAAGUUUAUUUAUGCACAAAAUUGUACCCAUAUUGGUCUGAAUAUUCUAAUAAUUAGAGGAUAACUACAGUAUAUGAUAACCAGAAAGUUCUAGCUACCUGAUAUGCCUACUAAUCUAACUUGGCUAAUUAGCCAGUUAAUGAACAGCUCUUGGUUAUCCUGGUAUAUUUUCACUAUCUGCAAUUAUUCAGAUUGAGACUGAAACCACACUCAUGUGAACUUAAGAGAAAUGCACUAAGCAAUGCUUCCUGUUUAAAGUGAACAUGUCGCCUCUGCAGAUUUUCAUUCAGUGGUUGAAACAGAGGGCUUGUUCCAAGUAUUGCCUUUCCGCAACAGCAUAAUACACAAUAAAAUAGGCAUGGAAGUGGUGGGAGAAUAGUGGGUGCCUGCAAUUUGCAUUUUAAUGUACAUUAAAGGAUCCUUGUCAUCUCCAUCAUAAGAAUCCACAGAUGUGCAUUAAAGUACCAUAAUUGGACAUGUUACAACAUUCAUUCAUCUUCAGUAACCACUUUAAUCUUGGUAGGGUUGCAGUGGAUUGCAUUAUUAUAAAACAUUAAAUGGUGUAAAAACAAAUAUUUAUAUUCAUGGCUUUAAUUACAUCUUUGGCAAUAUUAAGUUUAAAACUCAUUUUCAUACAACUGUUAACAUUAAUGCUUUCAGUUCACCACACAUCAGAAGAUUAAUGGCUGCCAUUAAGCUUGGUCACAACUUUAAUCUAUACCUAUUCUAGUUUUUUUUGGUAAUAGCUCUUAAUGUACUUGACUGACACUAAGGCUUUCUGUGUAAUACUCUGUUCAGACUUCUUUUGAUUAUUUCCAAUGUACGAUUUGUGUAGAACUAGUUUGUCAGCUGAGGAAACUUCUGCAACUAUAAGUUAUAAUAAAUGCAGUCUAUUUGACUGAAGUUACAUUAAACCCAUCAUUUUACUCAAGUGCAUUUCUGUUAAGAAUCUGGAAACAAUUCCCUUGUACUCUGUAGGUGGGCACUGCAAACCAAAGGUAACAUCAAAAUCACCAGCUCCAAUGCUGUAGAAGCUUAACAUUGUUUAGUAGUGUCCUGCCUGUAAUACCAUCUAAACCUGAUUCACAUUUGUUGGCAACUUUAGUAACCACUAAAAAUGUGCAAGACUACUUUUCCUUUAACAAAAAUAAACAAACCACCAAACUAA